AUGGAAUUUACUGGUAUCCAGAAACAUUUUACUAUCAACCUCAUAAAAAAUUGCUAAAUGGAAGCUGAUGAAUUAAAGAUCGUUUAAGAAGUGCUUGUGAACAAAAUAUUAGAUUAUGUAGUGCAAACAGUGGGAGUUUAAGAUUCUGUUUAAUUAAUCUAGAAUAAAUACUCCAAUAACUAGGAUAUAUGUUAAGGUUCUUUCUCGUCUUCUUUGAAUGUUGACAAAUAUGUUCAAAAUUCAAAUGAGUAGCAAGACUUAAUUUCCUAUAUAAUACAAUAUUAGUCUCUUAUCAAGGAACAAUCUGAUAUUGCUUUGAUAUCUUUAAAGCUUUUCGAAGAUAUGUUACGCAGUUUAGACCCUGAAUUAAAUACUCCUAAUCAAUUAUAAAAGUUCAGUGAUUCCUUAAGUUAACUAAAAUUAGUAGAAAGAAAGAUAAUGAAACUAAAUUGCAAGUUUGAAUAUGUAUACAAGCUUAUUAAGAACAAGGAAAUCAAGUAAGAUGUAAUGAAAAUGUCGGAAUUCAAAUCUUAUAUCAUUUCAAUAAGCUAAAAACUAACUUACGUGUUUCACUAAUUGACAAUUUUUUCUAUAGACCAUGAAUACUUGAAAAUCUUCCAAGAUCUAGGUUUUAGCCAAAAGUAUUACAAACAGAGAUCACUUACAAGCCUCUCAGUUUAAGAAUUGCUCGAGGAACUUGGGGAGCUGCUAAAUCUAGUAUGUACAACCACUGAGAGCAUAGUUAUCUAGUUGUUUGACAGAUAAAAUUAUUCCAACCUAGAUAUGGUACAAAGUUUAUUAUUUGACAUUAGAUCUCAAAAUAGCCUUAUAUUUCCUCGUAUUUCAGAGGAAUAAAAUGUAAUAUGUGAAGCAUCUGACAAGCAAGAAAACAAACAUUAUAGCGUAGAAAGAAGUGUAGUUACAAUUAAUAGUGAUGCUUAGAUAAGUGAACUGGAUAAAAAUUACUAAAUAGGAACGUUUAGGUGUAUUAAUUAAGAUGCCUAAGACUAAUGCAUCAUUGUUUCGCAAGACUUCAAAAUAUACAUAGGUAAUAACUACAAUCAACUAGAAAUAUACGACAAAGAUUUUAUCCCUAUCAUGAAUUUGAACCUUGAAGAUAAUGCUACUUGUGGAUUUGCACAUGAUAAUUAUAUUCUUUUCGGAUUGGAAAAUUCUAAGUUAAUAGUGGUUGAUAAUUAGAACCACAGAAUUAUGAAGACUGUUCACUCAAUUGAAUCUGUCUCGAAAAUAUUAUUUAUGGAGGAAAACAUUCUGAUAUUUUUAGGAGCUUUUGGAAGUAUUCAGUUAUUUGACAUUUCAAAUCUUUGCAUAUUCUCAUUCUAUAGACAUUCAAUUCAUAGUAAUAUAAAUUGUGCUCAUUAUUAAGAUGGAGAGUUAAUACUAGCCCUUCAAGAUUGUGGGCUGAGGACAGUGAGUAUUUUUAGAAGAUAGAAAAAUAUUUAAUUCGAAGAAAACUCCUAUAAAACAUACUUAGAUGAGUCUAAUAUUAAAACUUUUGCUGUUAUUGCGAAGGAACUUAUACUUAUCAACUUAGAAAAUAAUGACUAUAUUCAAGUUUUAGAUAAACAAGUUGGAAAGAUAAUAAAAUCUUUUGUCAAUCCAUCUGGCAACAACAUGAUAUUGAGCAUUUAACUCAUUCAUUAAUAUGAUGUCAGAAAGAGACAUUUUGCUUUUAUAAAAGACUCACAUGGAGUCAGCAUUUUAAACACAUAAACACUUGAAAUUCAUCGAUUAAGUGAUAUCAAUCUUAAUAUUGACGAGAGAUUCAGUAGUAUGUGCUAGUACGAAGGACAAAAUAGACUUAUUAUAUUCAAUUUGGGUUACAAGGAUAAUGAAAGAGUUAUACAGGCACUCAUUUUUUCAUUAGGCUUGACUUAAUAAAGCUAAAUUAUGUGA